AUUUAGUCAGAAUUCAUAGCUUAAAUAAUAUACCAAAACGAUGAGUUCGCGAAAUUUGUGGAGUUUUAAUUUGACAAUUUUAUUUUUAAUUGUUGGUAUUGUUUCGGUUUUGGCAGUGAGUGAACCUUGUCCGAUAAGAUUUAAGUGCUCCAAUGAAGAGAAACCAGUAUGGGCUUUACUCGACCAGGACUGUCAACUCUACAGAAAUGAGUGUCAUUUGAAAAAUGCUAACUGCCAACGUCAAAAUCGUUAUGAACCUGUUCUAGUUGAGACAACCAAAGAGAAAUGCCAGGAGUAUUGUGCAACGAUAUGUACUGCAGAUUAUAGGCCAGUCUAUGCCGAGUACAGAGGCAAAGUACGUGAGUUCCCAAACGCUUGUGCUCUAGAGAGUCAUAAAUGCACUACUGGCGAAGCUUAUGUCUGAUAUGUUAUUAGCAAUGAUAUAAAUACAUCUGUUAAAAUUAAAAUCAACACGUCAUUUCGAUUGCAAUAGAGCUAUUUACGUUGAUAUUAAAACAAAAAUAUUUGUUGUUAUUAUUUACUUAAAUUAUACU